AUGCGGGGCUACUCGGGCAAGAUCCGCUCCAAGCCGCUCUGGUGGGAGAAGAUCCACGACGCGACCGUCGUGGCGAGAUGGCGGGAGGAGAUGAUCGCGCAUGAUCGCGAGAACGUGGAGCGCUAUUGGGGAGGGGCUCACCGCUUCAGGCUCUACAUGAAGAAGCCGAAGGAAGGAUACUGGUUUGAUGGUUUGGUCAAACUGUGGCCGCGGGAUCCACUGAGCGAGGUGCAGAUAGGCUAUAUCUUCGACGAGCUGCUCUACGAGGCCACGAGGCGUGACCCAACCACCGGGAUCUUUGAGAGCGGCAUCCGCAAAGUGUACGAGUCCCAUUCUCUUGUCGACGCCAGUCUGAAGGAGCAGCUCAUGCGCGCUGCCUCUCUCUUCGAGAACGUUCCGGAGGACGAGAAGGACUGGCACCCCGGCUCCGACGGACAAGUCCUCGAUCUCGUACAUCCGUCCCUUUACCCCCUCCGUAUAGGGCACACCUUGUUUCGCACAGCUGACCCUUCGGGCGGACCGCCCAAGCUUAUGCUGCUCGACAACGACGAGUACAUCAGCACGCGCCGUGACCUCCAGGAAGAGAGCGACUACGCCGUCUCUCAAGCUUACCAGUGGCUCCCGACGGACUUCUCGGUCACUGCGGACGGAGAGGUCACCGCGCUCGGGUACAUCAACAACGCCCACCCUUUCCGGCACCGCGCCCUCUACCCCGUCGUCACUUCCCUCGUCGCGCGCUUCGUUCCCAUGUUCGAGCGCGUGCUCUCCGACGCCCUGUCCCCGGACUACGAAUCGCCUAUCCACGAAUCACCCCACGAAUGGUACGACCACAUCGGCGUGCCUUCGCCAAAGUGGGACCCAGUGGUGGACCACGACAGCUACAACAAGCUCUGGGAAGCAUGGACGGCGGAGCACAGGUGGCCUCUGAUCCCCGAACCCGACCCAUUCGCGCCCCCGUCUGCGGACGGCCGCGUGUCCUUCACGCUCAAGGGGCGCACGGUGCAGGCGAUCGUCAAGCUCGCCAGCGUCCACCUCGCGCCCGACAAGCCGACGUACCCCGGUGGCUCCUGGCACGUCGAGGGCAUGGCGAACGAGCGGAUCGUCGCGACGGGCCUCUACUACUACGCGAUGGAGAACGUGACCGAGAGCCGGCUCGCGUUCCGGACGCGCGUCGGCGGGGGCGACUACGGGAUGGACCUCUCGUACGAGCAGCACGACCACCGGGGGUACCUCGCCGCGUACGGCUUCGGGCGGGACGACGGGCUGAGCCAGCCGGUCGGCCACGUCGUCGCGGCGGAGGACAAGUGCGUCGCGUUCCCGAACGUGUACCAGCACCGCGUCGAGCCGUUCGCGCUCGCGGACAAGACGCGGCCCGGGCACCGGAAGAUGCUGGCGCUGUUCCUCAUCGACCCGAAGAUCCGGGUGUUGUCGACGACGGACGUGCCGCCUCAGCAGCGGGAGUGGGCGCUCGCGGAGGCGGAGAGGGCGCCUGCGAUGCGGAAUCUCCCGCAGGAACUGUACGACGAGAUCGUGGCGUUCGCGGAGGGUGAGUUGAUGUCGCGGGAGGAAGCGGAGGAGCAUCGCCAGAAGCUCAUGGCGGAGCGGUCGGUCUUCGUGGACGAUCACAACGAGAAGACGUUCGAGGAGGUGUUCAACAUGUGCGAGCAUUGA